CAAAAGUUUUUCUAACAAUAUCGAGAGACUUUUACUUCCAUCUUUAAUUCUCAUGUAGAGGCUGUUUCAGAACCACUGAUAUAUAUUUUUUCUUGCAUCGUCAGUUUAUAUAGCUAAACAAUUGAACAUGACAUCUGCAAAUGGAAUGAUUCACAAACAAAAUAUGGAUUGGGAGAGCUGACCUGAGCAAGUUGAUUGGAACAACACAUUGAAGUAACUUAUGCUGCUCAAGGCUUGAAGUGUUUCUUCAUAACUUUUACAUUUUAAUAUCAUUAAACCACCUCUUUUGUCACUGCUCAACAAACAAUAAUUCACCAAAGGACAUCUUUGUACCUCUCUCCCUUCUCUCUUUACCGAUCCUUAUUCUGUAAACUGGACAUUUGAUCACUGGACAUUGAUGACACGCUUGACCAUCAUGCCCGCCCACAAUUCCUUCGCCAUGCACGACACCCGGACACGGCUCCUGGACGCCACAUCCAACCACAUUGACCACAUCGAUGAAACACUCGUGCAGAAGUGGAAGCCACUCUUUGAUAAGUUUGAUGUGGAUGGUAACGGGGUGAUCAGCAUGGAGGCCUUUCAAGUGAUCCUCUACAAGUAUGGGCUGCGGGAGGAUCUAGAUCCACACAAGAGGGAGGUCCUGGAGACCACUAUAGAGGAGAAUACUGGAGGUGUCAUCAGCUAUCAAGAGUUCGUCAAUAUUAUGAGUGAUAAGAGAUCCCUAAGUUUCUCCAUUGCCGUCCGAUCACGCUACGAGGAAUGCGAGACUGAUUGCAUCGACGGUAGCAGCGUCAGUUUCAAGAAAGACGAUUACCGCAACCUCACCUAUCAACAGCGCUUUCUCAAGAUGGUUGCCGACGAGAUCCUAACCAACGAGACAGACCGGAACUACUUUCGAUGCAACUUUACCUGGUGUCUUCCGCCCAUCCUAAUCUUCUUGGUCACUUGGAUUGAGCUAGGUUUCUACGUAGGGGUAACGAUGAACGCAACGCGCUAUGACACCAACUCAACCAUGAGGGCAGCAGAUAUCUGGACAGGGCCGCUUCCAAAGCACAGCUGGCUAGUCUUUGAUCCAGACAAGAGAAUACAGUUUUGGAGAUUUUUUUCUUAUAUUCUUUUACAUGGAGGCAUUGAACAUAUAAUCUUCAACUUUUCUGUCCAAAUGUUAUUGGGAGUUCCUUUAGAGAUGGUCCACGGAACCAGAAGAAUUGGCACCCUCUACCUCAUAAGCAUAGCUGCUGGUUCAAUGGGUACAUCAGUAUUUGACAGAAGAAGUUACCUUGUGGGGGCAUCGGCUGGUUCCUAUGCCCUCCUAUCAGCUCACCUUGCCAAUGUAGCUCUUCAUUUUACAGAUUCUAAAUUGAGUCCUCAAAGAAUAGCAGUAGUUAUAGUAUGUGUAAGCGCUGACUUUGGCCUGGCCGUUUAUCGAAGAUACUCUGGUUUACGCACAGCGGCCUCUUUUGUCGCUCAUCUCAUGGGUGUUACGAUUGGUCUUACGAUAGGCCUAUUUAUUCUCAAAAACUAUGAGCAGCGCCUGCAUGAACGUCUUGGUAUGUGGCUGGCUAUGGUAGUCUAUAUCAUCUUUAUUCUCUUCGUUGUGUUCUGGAACAUUUUUUACAAGCCUGGUCCAGCCGUAUAGCAGAGGGUCACAGCGAUGGCGUGUUUGCGUAAGGACCAAAAGAUUGACAUGCUGCCGUCUCAGACCUCUUAAGAGGAGAUUUUUCUAGCAUUUUCUGACGAGGAGCGAAGCUUGGCUGGUCAUCGCGCUGUCUCUUUUUUUAGUUGCAAGUAUUUUUACAAGUUGAAGGUAGAGAUUUCAGUACACUGUUAUGACCAAAAACUAGACUUAUAUGGUGCAUGUAUAGCCUUUUACAGGAAGAAUGACGCAAUUCUUACAAGACCAAAUUACAAGCUCAUUUUCUUGAAUGUACUGCAUGAAAAUUGUUCGACUCUGAUCAAAACUUUUAUAACAGAUCACAAAAAUGUUGAAUGUGCAGAAAAAAGAUCCUAAACAUUUAGUUAAAACGACGGGCCAAUUAUGUUUGAUCGAAGUUCAACAUGGUUAAAUGGAGAGGGCUAUUUUCUAUUUUGUACAAAUAAAUCUCUCAGUGAUCAAACAAGUACUACCAAACAGUUUCUCAGUUCCAAGAAAAACUAAAAAAUGUCAGGAUUUGUUUUCAUACACACUGUAACUAAUCUGAUAAGACAGACAAUAUUUGUACAAGUUUCAAAAGGAAGAAACAUUGAGAAUUAAACAUAUUCAAUAGUGUGAUUAUAUUUUCCAGCACGAGGCAUUGGACAACUUGCGAAAUGCACAUAAGUUUCAUGGAAGUGAUCUUUCAGGUUGCUGUUCGAAGAAUUUGAGAAGUGUUUACUCUCAUCUGUGAUGAAGAGUGUAUUUAUUCAUUAAUUUAUUGAUUUACAAAUUUAUAUUUGAUGUAAUGCUAUAUGCCUGUAUAAAUUGUAACCCCAAGGCUCAUAUGGGGGUUGAAAGAUAUUUCAACCUAAUAUAGAGUGAAUUCCUCCAGGAUAUUAAUUCAGCCCUCAUUACUUUUUUAAAGCUUUUCUAUCCCAUUAAGUUAAAAAGAAAAAAACUUAUCUUGCAGAGCUGAGCAAGGUUGGUAAUAUAAGUUCCUCAAAAUGCUAGCUUAGCAAUAUGGUUCAGGGCCCUUUGAAGAUUACACGAAGAAGAAGUAUAGGCCCAGAGGAGUGGCCAUGCAGAUUUGUUUGUCUUUUUUCUCUCUGGCCACUCGUGACCAUAAAUACAUACAGAUUAGAUUAAGGUGACCAAUGGUAUUUCAUUUACAAGACUAUAAUGAUUGAUAUUUUUCUACCAAAAGACUUCUAUCUGGCCACUCUAUUCAAAGGGGAAGUACUUUAACUAUACUUCUUUUUUAAACCUGUGUACUAAUGCAAUUUGAUAGUUAAAACCUAGGAAAGUAUACACAUCCUUUCAGGUAUAUGUGGUUAUAAAUUGAUUUCUCUGCUAUGUCUCCAUUGAUGAUGUGAACCUGGGACAGCCAGGAGAUUGUCAACGUUCAUUUCAGGAACAUCAAAAGAAGAUGUGAAUCAGUAUAAAUAAUGAUAAUUAUGAUUUAUAUAGCAUAAACUUACCCUUUCUCUCGUCAUGGCAAGGUGCUACUAAAAAAAAAUCAUUGACACAUAAUUGUUUUCCCUAACUCAAAGUUUAGUGGUCCAGAUUUUUAUUUUGCUGAAAAAACUGUGGGUGAAUGCAUUCAUGGCCCCCAAAAUUGAUGCAAACACAUGCCCAAAACAGUUAAGUAAACCAUGAAAUUACUAGCUAGUACAUGUAAUUCUCUUGGUCCAGCUUUAUCAUCAUUUGUAUUAUCUGAACACUUGACAACGGAUAUACCAUGGAGAGAUGAUAAUGCAGACAUGAAUUAUCUCAGUUGAUCAAUGUAUGUCUAUUGAGACCAAACUUGCAACAAAAAACGUGUGGGCCUUGGGGAUACAAUAUACAGUAUGUGUAAUAUAAUGUAUAUUGGUAUAAAUUAAUACUAAUAAAGAAAGGCUUGUACAUUUCAAUAGCUGCAUGUAUAUAUUGCUGUGAUGAAUAAUGAUGGAGUUGUUCAUGAAAAUAGUUUUAGUGAUGAAAUGAGAUUACUUUUAAAGAGAAUAAUGUUUUUUGAUGACAGUACGAAGAAAUGAAAUGUUCCUAUUCGCUUUAUGUCUCUAGACAGAUGAUUGGUUACUGUAUUGUGUGUUAUGUUUUAGAUACAAUUUUUGAAUAACAAUUUGUAUUGUUGACUCUUUCAAGAAUACACAGUGUUUAGGAAGGUCAUGGCGGUGGUAAAAUAGUGUUCUUUUUUAUGCAUCUAGUUCGCCUUUAUCAGACACCAAACUGAGCAUCUCUUUUCUUCAGUUAGUGUUAAAAGCUGUAAGAGUACAACACAGGUCGUAGGAUUCUCUGACUAAUUCAAUGCUCACAAAAUUGUAAGAUAUACGGUUGACUAAAUUAUUCACACCCCUUGUAAAUUUGAUGCUUAUUUCUGUUUUUAUCAACUCAAGAAUGAAAGGUGUACUGGUUGAAUUUGGGCCUUUCUUGAGUACUUUUAGAUGUAAGCUAUGUCACAUUCUCAAAAAACGAAUCAGGAUGAAUCAAUUGAUGAAUCAAAACUUGUGAAGGGUAUGAAUAAAUUAGUUGUUAAUUGUAUGCAGUCAUUUGCAGUUUGGGUGAGUAUAGAGUACUGUUCUAGCAUUGGUUGAACCAGAAAAAUGAAUCAAAAUGAAAAAUAAAUUUAAUGUGGAACUACAAAUUCCGUGCUAAUCUUUAUAAAGAUUUUUUUUUUUUUGAACAGAGUAUAAUCGUUCGUUUAAUAUAUAUAUAUAUGUUUCGUCAGGUCAUACAUUCAGUACAGUUGUUUUUGUGGAGGGAUGAUAGAACCCCAUGUUUCCUGACGAAUUUUUUUGUUAGCAAUAUUCUUUUUGAUCCCAGAACAAUUUCCUUGAUAAAAGGUUACAUAACUGAAAUGAAAUCAAUUAUUUCAGGGACCUCGACUUUCCUCAAACUUAUGAUUUAGAGCAUCGCAAAAUUAUGAUAUUCAAGCUUGAUAAAGCAAUAGUGAUUGAUUGAAAGGGGAGUCAAGUUUUUUUUUAUAUUGCAAGCUUUUGUAUGAACACAUAUGUUGUCACGUAUUUUGUGCGAUGUUUUAAUAACUUUCCUAACAGUUGAUCUAAAUGUGAUGGAAGUAUUGAAACCAAGUAUGCCAUGUCAUUUUGAUGAUGACGCGGGGGAAAAGAGCAUGACAUUUUGUAAAGCCGUCUUUUGAAUCCGACCCUUUCCCUGCUGGCCAGGUGAAUGCUAUUUGUGACAUUAUAAUAUUUACCCCUAUCCUGUUUGCAAAAAGAAUCAUGAAACCAUCAGGUCAUUGCAUCGCGAUGUUACCAUCAGAGUUGCCGGGCAACUUCAUCAGUGGCAAAGAUGGCUUUUUUGUUAAGCAACUUUCACCGUAAUUUUGUUAAGUUCUUAAAUUUUCAAUAUUUGAACUGAAGUAAUAUUGAUGGUCUUUUAGAGACCUUUUCCUUUGUUUUGUGGUGAAAUGCGCUUUGAAGAUAAUACACAGUGUUGGUAAUUAAAAAGGAAAUUCAGAAUCAACCCAAAUUAUUAAUGAAAUCAAUACAUAUAUUUGAGCUGAAGAAACUCCCCAUGCAGAACCUUUACUUUUUAAUUUGUCUGUAUUACCUUGAUAAAAAAGCAACAUUAUAUUUUGUUUUUUUUUGUCAGAGAUUUUCAGAGUUAAAGGCCCUCCCAGAAAAUGCAUUGUCAAGACUUUUUUUCGGAAUACUGUAGGCCUACCCCUCUUCUCCAAAAAUCCUGGAUCGCCCUUGGGCUGAGAUUUUUUCUCCCUAACGAAUACAGUCAACCCCAUGUUCGGUUAAAUGUUUUUUUAUUUAAUGCCCCACUGCACUACUUAUAGCUUGUGCCCUCUAUAUAGCAAACAAUGCCUAAUCGGUGCCUGUUGGUCCCCCA